AUGCUGCCACAAGAAAAGCAACGAUCACAUUCCAGCAAAGAAGAAGGUAGAGACAUUUUUCUUCCCUCCUUUUUCCUAAAAUUAAUCAUUUAUCUAUUCCACUCUCUCUUUCUUUUAUUCUCUCUCUCUCUCUCUCUCUCUCGAAAUUAUUUGUUUUCUGAAAUCUAUCUAUCUAUCUAUCUAUCUAUCUAUCUAUCUAUCUAUCUAUCUCAGCUUCUUCAUUAUCUAUCUAUCUAUCUUAUUUCUGGCCAUUAUUAUUAUUAUUAUUAUUAUUAUUAUAAUUACUAUUAUUAUUAUAUAAUUUUUUCGCAUCUAAUUUUUCUGAUCUAUCGAUCUCUUUAUCUAUCUGUCUGUCCGCCUUAUUUUAUUUACAUCUCUCUCUCUCUCUCUCUCUCUCUCUCUCUCUCUCUCUCUCUCUCUAUCUAUCUAUCUAUCUAUUUCUAUGGUCGUUUGUCCGUCCGGCUUUUUAUAAAAAAAAAUAUCUUUAUCUAUCAAAUCAUGAUUGUUUUUCUCCCUCCUUGUUUUUAUUUUAAGUUUGUUUAUCUUUCUAUCCCUCUGUCGAUUUGA